ACAAGUUCACCACCAACGCAGGGAAUCAAUUAUUAUGGAUCUCCGUGGCUUGUUGAGAUUCUACUUUCUACUUGUUUUUGUGGCACACCCCCAUGCCCAUCCAAGCAAUGGCGCCACUAGCCUUGACCCUAAAAGCCAACGACGUACGCUACAACAAGAGAUUGGCACAUGCGCAAAUUCAGUGGCUAAACAUGGCUACCAGUGCCAGGAGUUUUAUGUGACAACCAAAGAUGGUUAUAUUCUGAAUAUGCAAAGAAUUCCUGAAGGACGAGUUGCCAUUGCCAAUGGUGAGAAGAAGCAGCCAGUCCUGUUACAGCAUGGGCUCAUGACGGAUGGAAUGACAUGGCUUGCAAAUCAACCACAACAAAAUCUGCCAUUGAUUUUAGCUGAUAACGGGUUUGAUGUGUGGAUUGCUAACAGUAGAGGAACCAGAUUUAGCCGACGCCACAAAUUUCUUAAUCCCAAUACGAAGGAAUUUUGGGACUGGUCAUGGGAUGAACUGGCUGCAAGUGACCUACCAGCAUUUGUUGAUUUCAUAUACAGUCAAACAAGCCAAAAAGUUCAUUACGUGGGACAUUCACUGGGGUGUCUUACUGCCUUGGUAUCUUUCUCUCAAGGCUUAGCGGUGGACAAGGUGAAAUCAGCAGUCUUGUUAGGCCCCAUUGCUUACAUGAGCAGCAUCGAUUCUAUUCUUCUCAACGUUGCUGCUGAAACUUAUCUCGGGGAGGCCGUUGAGUUGAUUGGAAUGGCCGAGUUCAACCCAUUAGGAGAUCCAGCUGUGAAUGAUUAUCUCAGGUCAAUUUGCUCUGCUUCUGCGCUUAGCUGCUAUGAUUUAGUAACAUUACUCAGCGGAAAUAAUUGCUGUCUCAAUGCUUCAGCGCUCAAUUACAAAGAGGAAAAUGAGCCUCAACCUACAUCAACAAAAAAUCUGAUACACCUCGCUCAGAUUAUUCGAACUAAGGUGAUUGCGAGGUUUGAUGGGCUUCUGGCGUACAAUCUGCAGCGUUAUGGAGCAUACACACCACCUACUUAUGAUGUGGCCAACCUUCCACGCGACCUUCCUCUGUUUCUAUGCCAUGGAGGCAAUGAUGCGCUUGCUGAUGUUGAAGAUGUUCAAUAUUUACUUUAUAUUCUAAAGUCUCGAAUUGGAGAUAAGCUAAAAUCUCUGUUUGUGAAAGAUUAUGGACACUUGGAUUUCAUUAGAGCUGUAAAUGCCAAGGAUCUUGUUUAUAAUCAAGUUGUAGAUUUUCUUAAAAGUCAGAAGUAGUUGAUCCCUGAAGAGGGUUGAGUUUUUAUGUAUAACUAUUCUUUUAAUAAAUCAUCUUUAGAAAUUCUUU